AUGGAAGAACGAGGGGACCACAGACGACGUCUUUCGAGGUCGUCCACCUCUCCGCAUUGGAACUAUUACACGAACCAAUAUUUUCACGAGGAGAGGAACUUGGAGAACUGGGACCACACGAUCGAGGAAGAGGAGGAAGAGAUGGACGAGGGAGGAGAGGAGGAGAGAGGGAGAGGGAGACGAGGAGGGUACGUGAAUCAGAGAUAUUUACGGGAGCAAUAUCUCGCGCAGCAGAGAAGACAAAACGAGUAUCACAGGCGGGUGCGACAGGACCAGUUUGAAAGGAGUCGUGUUUUCUCCGAUUUUCAUGCGGAAGAAGAGGAUACUAAUGAAACGAAGAGAAGGGAAGCGCGGGAGGCGUUUCGAGACUUACCGGAGGAAUACAACGAGAACAAAACAGGUGCCGUCGCGGUGCUUUCGAGAAACGCGAGAGUGAUUCCCGUCGACGUGAGAGGUAUUAUAGAGACGAUGGGGAAACCGUGCGGGAAGUACAUUUUGGAUUGCGAUAUGCCCGGCGUCAGCAUCGAGAACAUUGUCUUUAAGACCCUAGAGUGCACGAAUCGCCCUGGCGUAGCUUUUUUCAUCGAGGUUGUCUCGAGCACGAGAGAGGAAAACGAAAAUGGAGAAAGAGAAAAAAAGGAAGAAGAAGUCAAGGAGAAAGAGAACAUCGUGCGGAAAAUGCUGAGGAUAUCGAAGAAGAAGGAUCCAAACGUCCUCGAACCUCAGAGAAAAGAAGACGUAUUUCCGAAAGUAAAAUCAUAUCGGAUGGAGCGCGGUACACAUCGCAAAUACGUGCAAAGGAAGUUUUACAUUCCCAAAAGUUACGCGUUGAGCUCGGCGAAAUACAAAGACGGCGUCGCGACGUUUGAGUUUACUCUUUGCGAAGAAGGACAACAGAUUACGCAUCGACAAACGUUCGAGGAUGCUUGA